AUGUAUAACCAAAGCAUACAUUACCUUUAUAAAUACCUGUACAGGAAGCACAUGUUGUGUACCAUCUCCACAAGAAAUUCUCUCUUUUUAUCACUACAAAAGUCAGUCAAACCUAAUUUCCUCUUCGCAAUGGCCGGAUCACCAACAGCCAUCCCGGUCGCUUCUGAUCCUCCACAACAGGGACUACCAGCAGUAAUCCCAGUCACUUCUCAACCUCAACAGCAAGCUGCGCAACGUUAUAUUGCAGACAUCAAUGGCCUGAUUUCAACCAAAAGCAAGCAUUUCUUCAUUGUUGUGCGUGUCAUGUCAAUGUGGAAAAUGAUGGACACUUCUAAGAAGGGUGAAGUGAAGUCUCUAGAAUUGACUUUGAUUGAUGCUGAGGGUAGCAAAAUUCAGGCGACUAUACCGGCUAGAUUCAUGCGGGAUUUCAAGGACUGGUUUGAAGAAGGUUGUUGUAGGAAAAUAUCGUGUUUCGAUCAUGCUCUGAAUAUAAAUGGAGCAUACCGAUGUGCAAAACACGAGUAUAAAAUUGUGUUUGAACCAAACACAUUGGUUCAAACGUUUGUUGACUUUGAUAUUCCUAACCAUAUUUUUGAGUUCACUCCAUUUGCAGAGAUCAAUAAUUUUGUGGCAAACUUUGAUUACUGUUUUGAUGUGAUUGGACACAUUAUUGGUUACAGUGACCCUAUUGUGGAUGCACAGAAAAAGAGAAUAUCUGUGCAACUAGAAGAUGAAAAGGCUGACAGCAUGAAGGUUACAAUAUGGGGUGAACAUGCUGACCUCAUAACCAAUUACUUGUCUAAAGAACUAGAAUUUCCAGUUGUGCUGAUUGUGCAAAUAUACCUUGAUGACAUGAACAUACCUGCCAUUUAUGAAUACAAACAUAGGCUGGAACAGAACGAUAUUAAAGAGUCAAGCAUCCACAAAAUAUCGAUCAUGUCCUCCAUAUCUGGAUACACAACCUUUGAAGACUUUGUCAAAGAUUCAGAGAUAUUAACUUUGAAUGAAAUUAGAGAUCUUGAAGAGUUUGGGCCGUAUAUGGGACAUCCAGGAUACGGAACCUCCAAUGCCAAAUCUUACAAUCCGGGAGUUUUUCUCAAUGAAAAAUCUUUACUUACAAGAGAUUCGGGGAUGGUUGAGGAUAGAGCUUUUCAUGUCUUGGAGGAAAUGGUUUUAUCCUUCAAUGAGGGGGAAGACAAGCUCAUCUGGAAGCCAACCCCAUUGGGAGUAUUCACAAUCAAGUCCGAAUAUGAAGCAUUGCGGAGGAGGCAAGUUGAAAACCCUAGCCUGCGGAAUGUAUGGCAUAAAUUCAUUCCUUUGCGCAUCUCCUUCUUCAUGUGGAAGUUUGGUAAUUCACUUCUCCCUUUUACGGAGAAUCUAUGUAGAAUGGGCAUAUACUUGCAACCUUCAAUUUGCUGGAAGUGUAAGUCUUCCUCGGAUUCAAUGAGGCAACAAUUCCUUGAGUGUGCUUUUGCGCGACAGGUCUGGAAUUUUUUUGCUGAACUUUUUGGUCAGGUUGCGCAUGGUUCAAGCCUUGGAGAAUAUUUGAAUUCAUGGUGGAUUUCAGGGAACUUUAAAACAGCUAUUGGGGUCAUAAAGAAGGUUCUGCCAUCCUUUAUAGUGUGGGAGCUAUGGAAGGCGAGGAACAAGUUCUUUUUUGAAAAUGUUGACUCCAAUUUUUCAGGUGUCAUCAAAGCUGUCAAAGAGCAUCUUCAUGGAAUGAUGCUAGUCCAUAGACUUAAGGCUCGAAAUGUUGUUGAGAGGGAGUCGCUUCAGCUAAUCUUUCCGAACACACCUUUCAGCCUAAAACAGAAAAAGGUGCGCAAGGUUUCUUGGCAACGACAGCGCAAGCAUGUGCUGAACACUGAUGGAUCUUCCAACUCCCAAGCUGCUGGGUAUGGCUUUGUAAUCCGAGGUGAGAAGGGGUUUUUUCUUUAUGAGGAAGCUGGAUUUUUGGGAAGUGGAGAUAGUCUUCAAGCGGAGGUUUAUGGCCUUUUAUUUGGAGUUCGGAAAUGUGAGCAUCUUGAUCUGUUCCAGGUGGAAGUUCAAACGGAUAACCAAUUUUUGGCGAAUAUUCUUGCCUCUGGAGGUCCUUGUCCGCGGAGAUUCUAUUUCGAGUUGCGAGAGAUCCGAGCAAUUCUUGUGAGAAGGGAUUACUCUAUACACCACAUUUACAGAGAAGCGAAUGCAGUAGCAGACAGUUUAGCUAGAUGUGCUUCAGAUGAAGUUUCAGCAGAAUUUUUUUCCUUAGGAGAUCUUCCGAAUUUCACUAGGGGUCUCAUCACUCUAGAUCAACAAUCUAUGCCGUAUGGAGGAGAAAUGCGGCUGGCUGCUUCGGUGAUGCUGCGUGGACAGGAAGAUGAUGAUGAGCUGGUGUCGGAGGCUUCGGUGGCGUGGAGCUGGGAGGAGAAGCAAGGUGGUGAAGGGAGUGGGAGGAAGAGAGAGAGAUGGAGAGGUGGUAGAGAUGGUGGCUGUGUGGAUGAGAAGAAGAUUUGCAGCGGCGGAGUGGCUGCCGGUUUUUAUGGAAGCUAG